CACUCCAUUAAUAUUUUAUCUUUGGACAAAAUAUUAACUUGUAAGUGAUGUCUUACGAGACAGUAAUUAAAUAUUAAUGACAAGAACAUGCGAAACAAUAAAUCUACCUUUGGGCUGAUUUAAAAUUCACAUGCUAACCGAAUAAUCAUCACAUAUUUAUUACUCUAUGCGUACAUAUGGAACCUUAAAUAUUCACCUACCUUUGGGCAGUGAAUACAUAAUUUGCACGUGAUAAAAUGUAAACUUUUACCAUAUAGGGAUUUAUAAGAAAAAUGUCAACCCGACCCCAAAAUUGGUUUGCUGAAAUGAGGCAUAUAUUCCUCACAAAAAAAGUCUUGUUUUAAACAUACAUUACGAGGUAUUAAACGCACAAAGUAACUGUAGAAUGCAUUUUCAUAAUCCAACGAUCAUCACCCACAUUAAACACACCAGCGAUACUCCGCUAAUGUAAUAAUAAGGCAUUAAGCAAGAAUUGAAUCCAAAUUAUAGGGUAAAUUGCAAUUUAUAGUGCGGGCUUGGCCCAAAGCGGACAAUAUCGUACUAAUGAGCUGCCUCGUUAUGACAUAGUUGAUUUAAACACAAUGUAUAGUGGAUAGGGUCCUUGUCUUGAGGGGAGGAUUGUUAUGAGACAAUCCAAGUACCACAUCGGAAAUACAAGGGAAGGAACCCUUGUAUAUUAGUGUCCACCUAGCCCAAUUAGUAAGAGGCCUUUUGGGGAGGACACCCAAGAGUAAAACUGUGCGGGCCUAGGGAUGGCAAUGGGGCGGGUUUGGGGCGGGUUUGUCUAAACCAUCCCCAUCCCCAUCUUCAAAUACCCAAACCCAUACCCGCUCCAUACCCAUGCGGGGGAAUGUUUUGCAAACCCAUCCCCAUACCCGUGGGUUUCGGGUACCCAUGAGUAAUACCCGUACCCAUAAAUCCAACAUUAUUAUACGUAAAAUUUACAAGAAAAGUUUUAAUUAUUACUCUAGACAAACCUAUUAUAUCAUGAAGUCAACAAAACACGAUCAUUUUCUUAAUACGGUUCAAAGUAUAUGAUCCUAAAACAACCAUUAAUACAUAAUAUAGAGUAUAAUAUUUUUCAAAUUAUUAUCUUCUAACUCUUAUACAUCUACUAAGUAAUAAUUAACUAACAUAAUCUUGUAGACAAGGGGAAAAGUGAAAGAGUGAAAGGAGAAUUGAGGGAAAUGAAUUAGAUUUUUAUUAAAAUGGUCACUCAAUUGCAUUUCUACUAUUUAUUUCCUUGAGUUAUCCUCAUCACCAUUGAUAGAUUACAAUUUAAUCCACAUAUUUUUUUAUAUGUGAAGAAAUUCUCUUGAUAGGGCGGGUAUAGGUAUGGGUAUGGGGCGGGGGAGGUCAAAACCAUACCCGCCCCAUACCCAUCAAACUUUUUGCGGGUUUUACCCAUACCCGCCCCAUAUCCGGUCAAAGCGGGGAUUCCCCGCGUUGACUGGGUCGGGGGCGGUCGGAUACCCGCGGUCAUGGGUUUUAUUGCCAUCCCUACGUGCGGCUUGGCCCAAAGUGGCCAAUAUCGUACUAAUGAGUUGCCCCGUUAUGACAUAGUUGAUUUAAACACAAUGUAUAGUGGAUAGGGUCGGCAAUUCGGUUUCCGGUUAGCGGUUAACCAGCGAUUAUGACCAAAACCCGCGGUUAACGGCUAACCGAAAACCGAUGGAAGAGGAGUUGUGGUCGGUGGUCGGUUAACCGCGUAACAGAAGACGGCUAACCGCGGUUAACCACGUAACUGACUCACUUCUACUGUCACUCCAGGAAUUGGCCAAGUGAAACCACUUCCUAAAGCUUAGUAUAGCGGGUUUGGGUUUAAUUAUCAACCUGGGUCCUAGAUCUGAUGACUACUCAGUGAAUUCUUGUUAUCUAGCAAUGAAACUGGCAUGCAAGUCUAAACUAACAAACUAACAAAGCAAGUAAACGGUUGUAUUCAGGUUAAGAGAGGUCACCCGGAUAUGGUUCCCCCUAGACUGCAGUUAAGCCGGAUUGUAAUUACCAAGUUCAGUUUCUAUGAUAGUUAUAAUGCGGAAGGUUCUUAAACAGCCUGAAGUCUCGACUAAAGGUCUUCAGACCCUCUCAAUCUGAGUCUCUAGCGGGCGACUAACCUCCACCGGAGUAAACAGAUUGAGGCCUUAACAAACAAAACCUCCACUACCAGAGUAAAUCUGGUACAGAAUAGUGAGUUGGAUCCUCGACUAAAGUCACCAACUCCCUACCUUCAAUCAAGGAUGCUCUAUCAACCUAGGCAGAUAUUCUCAUUCUAGGUCAAAGCAGAAACAACAGGAAUUUGAUCAGGAUUCAAGUCAUUCAAUCAUUUAAACCUCAAUCGAAUAUAAUCAAAUCAUAGAAUCAGUACUUGGGUUCAUACAAUCAAAGCCUAACAUACACAUCUAGGGUUCUCCAUACCCAGAUGAAUGGGAGAACUACUCCAUAGAGAAAGAAGCAAAAGCAGAAUCAGACGCGGAAUUCAUACUGUGAAGGAUGGAUUCCUGCUCCUGGAAAUUGAUCGGCACUUCUCCAAGCUCAAACUGGCCUCCAAUGGUGAUGAAGAUCAAUCUAGGGCACUUGGAGACUCUUGUUCGUCGCUUUCUCUCUCUAGGAAUCGUUCUGUCUCUCUAAAACUCGAAUCCCCUUCUCUUUGGCUGAAAAUCUGCUUAAAAAGGCAUCACUGGCCAAAGCACGGUCGAGGGCACGGCCGUGCUUUGCCUCAGCCCGCCCGUGCUUUGGCUAGUGUUAAUUACACGGCCAGUGCAUUGGGAGAAACACGGCUGUGCUUUGGAGAGAACACGGCCGUGCUUUGGGAGAACACGGCCGUGCUUUCAGCCCGUGUAAUCAACUCAUGUUUGCCAAAAUCGAAUUAGCUCUCGGCAGUAAAAGCACGACCACAGAACACGGCCGUAUAAUGAAUUAGGUGUGCCCGUGUUUAGGCUCCACCUCGACGAAAUGACUUCCGAAUGCCCCGAAACUCGUGCUUAGCCUUUCCUUUGACGCCUGGGACCUGAAAUAUGACAAAAUAGCACAACCCGGCGUAAAAUAGGCCAAAAGUACACGACUAUGCCCCUCAAACGGAUAAGAACUAGGGGCGCAAAUAUGUGCAAUUACAUCGUUAUCAAACUCCCCCACACUUAACCGUUUGCUUGUCCCCAAGCAAACUUAACUCAAACCAAUGCAACUCUCCAGACCUCUAUAGCAACAAACAACCCAGUUCUUAGGUAGAGGACUUCCUAGAUCAUUUAGCAACUUACGAGGUCAACCGACGCACAAGUCAUCUCAUAGCUUCUUCGGCGAGAGCACUAGUAUCGAGUCGGCAUCAUGGCAAAUAGUGAACAGAGGACAAAUGAAUUGUGGAUGAAGAGAUUCUCAAAAACAAAGGAUCAUGGAUUCA